AACGCGGAGCAAAUCCAAAUUAAGGCAAUAUAUUUGAGUAUAGUAGUAGUAUUGCCUUACUACUUUUUCUCUUUAAUUACAAUUACAAUGACUUAACGUGUAUACAAUUCUGUGUUCACACUUGUCAUUACUCGUAUAUUAUCACUGAGAUGUAUUCAAGAUUUAUUUUCCAUUUCAAGAAUACCUUAGUGUUCCUGCUUUAGAAGAAAAGUUAGAGAUAUUGAUCUUGUUGCUGCAGUAAGAAUCUGAAAGGACUCAUCUUUGACUGAAGAGAAGGUAAGAGAUGGGGAGAAGUCUAAGCCCAAUACUUAGAAGACAACUGGAGAAUUUGGACAAGGAUGCUGAGAGUAGAAAAUGUGCAAUGAAAGCAUUGAAGUCAUAUGUGAAAGAGCUAGAUUCCAAGGCAAUCCCUCUCUUUCUUGCUCAGGUUUCUGAAACUAAAGAAUCCAAUGCUUCAUCCGGUGAAUACACAAUUUCACUCUAUGAGGUACUUGCCCGUGUACAUGGGCCGAAAAUUGUUCCUCAAAUUGAUAACAUCAUGAGCACUAUUAUCAAGACCCUUACAUGCAGUGCCGGUUCUUUUGCUCUUCACCAAGCUUGUUCAAAAGUUGUUCCAGCCAUUGCAAGGUAUGGUAUGGACCCAACUACACCCGAGGAAAAGAAGAGAUACAUUAUACACUCCCUCUCUAAGCCCCUCUCAGAUUGUCUUCUCGGGAGUCAGGAGAGUUUAUCUUCUGGAGCUGCUCUCUGCCUAAAGGCUCUUGUGGAUUCUGAUAAUUGGCGUGUUGCUUCAAAUGAGAUGGUUCAUGAGGUUUGUCAAAGAGUUGCCGGUGCUUUGGAGAAGCAUACUCAAACCAAUUCUCAUAUGGCUCUAGUCACUUCUUUAGCCAAACAUAAUAGCUUAAUCAUGGAAGCUUAUGCAAGAUUGUUGAUACAAUCUGGAUUACAAAUUAUAAAUAGUAGCAGCGGUGAAGGAGUUUCUCAAAAAAGAUUGUCUGCCAUUCAUAUGGUCAAUUCUUUGAUGAAGCAUUUGGAUCAAAGAAGCAUACAUUCUGAGCUUAGAAUGGUUAUUGAGGAGAUGGAAAAAUGUCAAUCUGAUAAGAUGCUUUAUGUUAGAGGGGCUGCAUUUGAAGCAUUACAGACUGCAAAGAAAAUAUGUUCUGAGAAGGGUCCAAAAUUCGAGAGAGAUGUGGAUUCAACGACUGGAUCCAACUUUGACAGUAGAGGGAACAUUAUAUGGAGCUCCGGUGACCAAUCACCUUUAACUGCAUCACCAGAAUCACACACAGUUAACUCGUUUGUUGACUAUGAACCAUUCAUUGACUCCCCUCUUUCAAUAAAUCAGGGUAACGAUAGAAGGAGUGUGAACCGAAAACUUUGGAGGAGGAGUGGAAAUGGUGGUGUAGAUGUGUCUCUAAAGGAUGGCAUCUUCUCUGAAUUCACCCAUGGAAAUGGCGUCACACACUCUGAGGUUCAUAACGAUUUUGGAGAUAACACUGCUGUGUUUGCUGGAUUUUUGCCAGGAUCUGCUCGAAAUGGUUUUGUCAGAAGUGCUACUCCCAGUCCUCAGAGGUCACGUUCUCAUGUUAAUGUCGAAAGUGUGAAGAUCUUUGCGACGCCAAGAAAACUUAUUCAUCUCCUUCAGGAUGCCAAUGAUGUGAACUUUUCUGAGAGGAAAACAAGAAGGUUUAGGAGCCCUUCCUUGUGCAGAUGUGAACACAGUCCAGCAAGGUCCGAAGAAAAUGGCCUCUUCAAUCGUAAAAGAUGCGAGGAUAGAGAUGGGACAAUAUCUAAUGAUGAUAAACAAUGCUAUCUAAACUCAGAAUCAGUAUCUUCAACAGAUAAUGCUCAAGCUGAUGGGGAUUUGCAAGUAUCUUCAGACGACAUUGCCCGAAAUGGAACAGAAUCGCAAGGUGUCAUUCACCACAAAGGCUAUGCUUCUGCUCGCAUAUUGUUCUUUGGUAUCUUAGUUGUACUUUUGGCAGCCUUCAUACUUUUGUUGUGGAUAGGGGAGAAAGACCAAAGCGACAAUCUGAUUCCCACCUAGAUAUGUAGUUGGUCUUUUGUAAUACAUCCCACUCUUAGACAGUGGGUGCUAGAUAGGACCUUCAGUAUCUUAAUUUUCUCAUUGAGGAUUAAUGUACUUUGUUACAGAACUAGUAUCCUAUCAUCCGAAUUGAUUUUCAGAUGCUAAUAUGAAGCUAAUUGAAGGCUUGUUUUUUGAGAAAGA